GCUCAAGGCCAUGGAGUCCUAGGAGCUCUUAAGCCGCCUUUGGCAAACUGCAAAUCCCACCUUCCCCAGCAUUGACCCCGGGCCCUGGCAGUGAAAGGAGGGGGGGGGGGGGCACACGGCAUUCAUGCCACGGUACGGAGGCCCCUUCCGCCCCCUCCGGCCCGACGGCGCUCUCCUGCCCCAUCUGGCCUUCCCUCCGUUUCCCUCGAAACAGGUCAGGCCGCCUCCUCCGCGGAGAGAAGCUUCCGUUGCCAGGCGGGAACAGACACGGGGCUCGGGGGAGAAGGAGACAUGGGCGAGCCGAGGGGACGGCGAGCCUCACCUGCAGCCUACAAAUAACUGGCCCUUGGGGCGGAAUUGAAGGGCCCGGGCCCUUGGAGGCAGGCAGGCAGGCAGGAAGGAUAGGUAAGGAUGAGUGGCUUGCCUCUGAAAGGGGGGAGAAGCCCGCCUUUGCCGCCUCACCAGGAAAGCAAGGUCCCAGGCCCUCCUCCCGCCAUCGAUGCCUCCUGGAGCCUGACCUUGAUGGUAACAUUGAGAGGAGAAGCAGCAGCCGCCGCGCCGCCCUCAUGAAUAAUGGACGCGUGGAGCCCGAUUCCCCGCUCCUUUGGCAGGCCCGCACCGCAGAGCCCUCGUUCGGGUGCACCGAGGUCUCACAGAUGACCAACUUCUGAAGUCCAUUCUCAAAAUCCAGCACCUGUUUUGAAAUAUACUGCCUCCAUCUUGCUUCUACCACUUUCAUCAUAUAAUUGGAGAGGUUGAGCUAGACAGUCCCAAUGCCUAAGAGCAGCAAAGUGACCCAGCGGGAACAAAGCAAUGAACCUGUCACAGAAUCAGUGGCUGAUCUACUGGCCCUUGAGGAACCUGUGGACUAUAGGCACAGUGUCCUAAAUGUGGCUGGAGAAAACUGGAGCAAACAGCAGCCAGAUGUGGAGGAGCCUGUUGAGGACAGGCCAGCAUGGAACAACAAGCUUCAGUACAUUUUGGCUCAGAUUGGCUACUCAGUGGGACUGGGGAAUGUAUGGCGGUUUCCAUAUUUGUGUCAAAAAAAUGGUGGAGGUGCCUACCUUGUUCCAUACCUGAUACUGCUCAUCCUCAUCGGAAUCCCUCUGUUCUUUCUGGAAUUAGCUGUGGGCCAGAGAAUCCGCCGUGGCAGCAUAGGAGUGUGGAAUUAUGUCUGUCCCCGGUUGGGGGGCAUUGGAUUUGCCAGCUGCCUAGUCUGCUUGUUUGUCGGGCUGUAUUACAAUGUGAUCAUAGGGUGGAGCAUCUUUUACUUCUUCAAAUCUUUCCAGUAUCCUUUGCCUUGGAGCGAGUGCCCUCUCUUAAAAAACGGCUCAGUAGCAACUGUGGAACCAGAAUGUGACAAAAGCUCUGCUACAACCUAUUUCUGGUACCGUGAUGCCCUGGAAAUUUCAAAUUCCAUCUCAGAGAGUGGUGGGCUUAAUUGGAGAAUGACCUUAUGCCUACUAGCAGCUUGGACUUUUGUGUGCUUGGCCAUGAUCAAAGGAAUCCAGUCUUCGGGAAAGGUGAUGUACUUCAGCUCCCUCUUUCCUUAUGUGGUGUUGAUCUGUUUCCUGAUUCGAGGUUUGCUCUUGAGGGGAGCAGUAGAUGGGAUUGUGCAUAUGUUCACUCCCAAGCUUGAUAAAAUGUUGGAUCUCCAAGUCUGGCGAGAAGCAGCCACUCAGGUCUUCUUUGCUCUAGGCCUGGGCUUUGGUGGAGUUAUUGCUUUCUCCAGUUACAACAAACAGGACAACAAUUGCCACUUCGAUGCAGCUCUUGUCUCCUUCAUAAACUUCUUCACCUCUGUCUUGGCCACACUGGUAGUCUUUGCUGUGCUGGGCUUCAAAGCUAAUGUCAUGAAUGAGAAGUGUGUGAUUGAGAAUGCUGAGAAGAUCCUGGGUUAUCUAAACUCCAAUGUCCUGAGCCAUGCACUCAUUCCGCCCCAAGUGAACUUCUCCCAUCUCACAUCCAAGGACUACACUGAGAUGUAUGGUGUGAUAAAGACAGUAAAGAAGGAUCAUUUCCAGAAGCUGGGGCUGGAUCCCUGUCUACUGGAAGAUGAGCUCGAUAAGUCUGUGCAAGGGACUGGGCUCGCAUUCAUAGCUUUCACAGAAGCAAUGACCCACUUUCCAGCUUCUCCUUUCUGGUCAGUGAUGUUCUUCCUGAUGCUGAUAAAUCUGGGUUUGGGGAGCAUGAUUGGGACCAUGGCUGGCAUCACCACACCCAUCAUUGAUAUGUUCAAAGUGCGUAAAGAAGCAUUAACAGUUGGCUGUUGCAUUUUUGCUUUCCUUGUGGGGUUGAUAUUUGUGCAACGGUCAGGCAACUACUUUGUCAACAUGUUUGAUGAUUACUCUGCCACACUGCCCCUCACUCUUGUUGUCAUCUUGGAGAACAUUGCAGUGGCUUGGAUUUACGGUACCAAGAAAUUCAUGCAAGAAUUAACUGAAAUGCUAGGUUUCCGUCCUUAUCGUUUCUACUUCUACACAUGGAAGUACAUCUCACCCAUCUGCAUGGCUGGCCUGAUGACAGCCAGUGUAAUUCAGCUAGUGGUCUCUCCACCAGGUUAUAAUGCCUGGAUCAGAGAAGAGGCUGCAGAGAAAUUUCUCUAUUAUCCAAAAUGGGCCAUGGGUGUUCUUGUCUCCCUGAUCAUACUGGCUAUCCUUCCUCUGCCCGUAGUCUUCAUCCUCCGUCAAUUCCAUCUGAUAUCAGAUGGUUCCAAUGCGCUGUCUGUCACAUACAAGAAGGGGCGUAUGAUGAAGGACAUCUCCAACUUAGAAGAUAAUGAUGAGACCCGUUUCAUCCUGAGUAAAGUACCCAGUGAAGCCCCAUCCCCAAUGCCUACCCAUCGUUCUUAUCUGGGCCCAGGGACGACAUCUCCAAUGGAGAUGAGCAAUGUAGCCAAUGGACGCUACAGUGGUGGGUAUCUUACAGCUACCACCCCUGAAUCUGAACUGUGACCAUCAACAAGCAACCUACCCCUACUUACUGAAUGAAGGAGAGGAGGCCCUAGAGAAAGAAACUGAACUUUAGGAAUCCCUUCCCAGAAUUUACAGCAGUCAGGGACCACUUGGUGUUGAGAGGGUAUAAAAGCUGGGAAGGGCAAACGCCUUUCUUCUGGCCAUCUCUAGCCAAAAUGCCAGAGCCCUCCUCAGUGAAUAAUAGUAAUAACAGAUUGCAAUAAAUUUUAUGGGCAUAAGGACAAUUUUAGCUAAUUGGUACUGAAAACCUUUGAAAAAUCACUCAUAUUCAAGCAAUCAGAGGAUGGAAAGAGGAAACAAACCAAGGCAACAGCCAAAGAAAAGAUGUCUUGCUUCCUAGAAGCUCUCUCUCUCUGUCCAUCCCUUUCCUCUAGCUAAGAGAAGCAUUCCCAUCUCAUUCAGCUGAGUAUGUCUAAGCACUUCUAUUCAUAGCACAAGGAAGGUUUUAUCAGACAACCUAUGGUUUUAAGCUUUGAUAAUAUCCAGCUUGCACACUAGCUUUAGUGAAUGCUUCUUACAAGUCUGGGCCUGAUAUAUAUUCUAUUGACAGCACAUUACAAUGCCCAGUGGUGGGGAAACCAAAGUUGAUGGGGGACCAAAAACUGUAAGAGAACUGAAGGAAUGUUGUUUCAGUGAAGUUUGCAUUGAUAUGCUUGCUAAUAUUACAUGCAGUUUCCUUUACCAAAAGAUGGCUCAAGCAAUAGUAUAAAGUAUAAGUUCAGUUGUGUGCCAUGUGUGAAGGGGAGAAUCAAGGAAUCGUGUGUAGGGCAUAAUAUUUGGCAUCAGUGUCAUCACUCCUGGUCUCAUUUCUCUAGCUCAGACAUAUAAUAAAAUACUCUUGAUAACAACUCUUCAAGAGCAGCUACACUCUGCUGCAGCCUUCCUUCAACCUGAUACCUUCCAGGUGUGUUCAGUUUACUGGGGAUGGUGGAAGUUACAAUCUAACACACUGGGGGGUAUCUGGUUGAGGAAUGUGGCUCUAGAGGCACACUGAAUGUAUGCAAGUGGCUUUCUGCAUUGUUAGUUUGAGGACUAGUAAAAGAACAUUUUAAAAAAUGUCUUUAUAUCUUCAAUAUAGCACUCACCCAUAUGUUGGGUCUAUCAGAUUUUCUGAGUAACAUGUUACAUUUUGUGGCUCAGAAAAUGUCAUGCCUCCUCCAGAUGCUGCAUUCUUUGCCUUUGUAAUAGAAGGGAGGAAUGUGGAUGCACAUGUGUAACAGUCACCCAUAAGAGAUAGCAAUGACAUUAUUAAUAACUAAUGACAUAGGUCUCUUGCUUAGUCAUAUUUAGUUGAUGACUCAAGACCUGCAGUGCAAUUCUUUUUUUAAAAAACCCUCUUCUUAAAAGUUUUAUAUUGUUAUUCUUUUAGCUAGUUGGCUGUUGUACAAUUCAAUGUAGGAGUGUGUGCAUAGCGAGAUCCUUUUUUCAAAAUGUUCAAAAUUGCCACAUGAUUUUAUAACCAUUUAAAGAAUAAUUUUCCCUUUCUUAAUUUGGUGUUUUAGCAUUCCUCUGCUGCACUGUUUGUGUGUGGGAGCAUGCACCUAGUCUGAUUUUUUUAAAAGUGGAAAACAGUGAAUAGGCUACUCUUUUACCACCACCAUAAUGAAACAGUGUACUUUGCAAAGAGAUUCAAUGCUGUUAUGACAUCAUGCAGUUGCCAAUAUCCAGAAAAGAUUUAAUCUGUUUUUAAAAAAUAUUUUUUUUAAAAGUCUCCCACCCUUCCUGUUUGGUCAGGAAGCUCUUUUUAAUGUUUAGUCUCAAUUCUUUUUCUUGAAUUUUGAACCUAUAUUUGGAAGCAGAAGAAAACACACACUCCCAUUUUCUCUAUGAUAACCUUUCAAAUAUUUGAAGGUGGCAAUCAUAUCUCCUCUUCAGCUAUGAGUCACUUGCCUUGAUAAGAAUGUUUUGCCAAAAUAGAGUAAAGAUUGCAGAUUUAAGCCUUCUUACCUGGUUUUCCCCUGCAGUUGUGCUUAGAAGUGCAACAUAAUGAGACCAUGUGAAGCAAGCAUUAAACAUAAGCCUUGGCACUCAUUCCCAAUGUGAUCUUGGGAGUUGUUGAGUUUUUCUCAUGUAUUGCUGGAUGGUGCUAACAUUUCUCCAUAUAGAUGGUUGUGGCAAUAUACAGGCAGCCAGGUUGCCCUUGGAGUCUGCUCCAACUCUGAUUAUAUGACAGUAGUGAAAACUCAGAAGGAAUAAGGAAAUGGCUGUAGGAAAACAGAGGAUAUAUUUGUUCCUGCUAAUCAAGAAGUGCUGGUGCUUCAGCUUUAGGAACCCUUUAACACUGCCCCGCAACCUCCCUCUUAUAAUUCAAGAACUGAUUGGAAGUGUACUGAGAUUUCACUUUCCAAAAUCUAAUGGGUUAUUCUGUAGAGCUGGCUCCUCUCCUUCUUGACAUUCUUGUUUUUUAUUUGGAUUGGGUGGUUCAAGUAAAGAUUCAGAAUUUGGACUCAGAGCAUCUGAAUGGAACUAUUACUAAUACACAGACAUGUUCUUGUAAAGUGGCUGAGAGGAUAAUAAAAGAGGGUUCAUUGACCCUUCGCAAUUGUUUUAUCAAAGUAACUUGUGAGUUUUGAAAGAAAGGAGCCAUCCAGCUGAAAAAAAACUGCUGUCUGAAAGGUUUGUGUGUUGUAGAAGGCUUUCAUGGCCAGAAUCACUGGGAUUCUGUGAGUUUUUUGGGCUGUAUGGCCAUGUUCCAGUAACAUUCUCUCCUGACAUUUCACCCGCAUCUGUGGCUGGCAUCUUCAGAACCUCUGAAGAUUCCAAUCACAGAUGUAGGUGAAACAUCAAGAGACAAUGCUACUGGAACAUGGCCAUACAGCCUGAAAAACUCACAGCAACCCACUGAAAGGUUUUUCUUUAUUUUUACAUUUAAUCCUUCUCCACCCAUCUGAAUGUAUGUAUGAGUAUGCAGACAUGUACAAAAAGCAAACACACUCCUCUUCAUCUCAGCGUUUUCAGUGCUGAUCAGUUGGAGAGAAUAAAGGAUGGGAGAGGCAUGAAACAGACUAUGAAUUCCCUAUACAUGGGAUAAUCGCCUAGAUUUGCUUAUUGGUCACACUACUAUUCCGCCUUUCUGCCAGUGAGUUCUUGACAAAGUUAUUGAGUGACCUUGGUUUAGUUAUUCUCUUUCAGGCUGACCUAGAAUCAUAAAGUUGGAAGAAACCACAAGGGACAUUCAGUCCUAUCCCACUGGACUAUUGUGUGGAUCAAAUUAACAGGAAAGGAACCAUGUAGAUUAAGUCAGACCAGGAGAGAAGUACUAAUCCAAGGAUACUCUGGUGAGUUUCACUACAUAGUGGGAAUCAGAAUCUCCCACAUUCCAGAACAGCACUUUAACGACUAAAGCACAUUGAUUAACUCCUUGGAAAAGCUCAGGAUUUAUGUUAUUGUUCUUUUCCUCUGCCCAUAUUUUUUCUUCCCCCUCUCCUGAGGUCAAAUCAACUUCUUAAGCAUGGAAAUUUUUAGGGACUUGACUGCCAGAGUUAUAUCUAUUUCUGCUGGUCCAGAUUCUUUGCUUAUGCGCAUUGGCAUAUUACUUGAGAAAUUCCAUAAGAUGACCAGAGCCAAAUCACAAAUCAAUGCACCGCCACUGGAGUGGGUAGACCAGACCUGCAAGGGAACCAGAUCUGUGUCACAUUUCUAUGGUAUCUUGGUCACAGUCUCAUGGGCCAAACCUGUCAUUUUGGAAGGGCCCAUUGCACUUCACACUCUUAACUAAUAGAGCAAUGGCAAUGGGAAGACAAAGAGAUAUUAUAUUAUGUGUGUGAAUAUGUAAAUAUAUAUAGAAUAACCCAUAGAUUCUAUUUCUAUUGUAUAUUUAUUCUGUAAAUGGUGGUGUAAAUUCUGUUAAAUGACAAACAUAUUCCAAGAGUGAUAAUGUGAACUAUUUUCAUUCUCAGUACUGUACAGAUAUAUUUUACUGUAUAUUUGAUAUAUUUAUAAUUUUUUUAGUGUAUGAUUGGUGACCACACCCUGCUGAGCUGCCCACUUGGGGGGUGGGUGGGGGAGCACUAAGGGGCACUGCCUUCAUUAUUUCUGUGGAAAUGUUAACAGUAUUAUAUUGUGGCAUUUUGCUAGGCUUUAGAAUUGGAAAGUGGUGGGAUUCAAUGUUAGAUGCCUUGAGCAAUCGCUCCAUGGACUCUUUCUGUGUUAGAGCUUAUAGCGGCCGUUGCGUUUGUUUGUUAGGAGCAUUUCCUAUAAUGCUGUCACUUACAAGGCCAUUCUGUAGCUUUUCUUAUUGUGAUUAUUAUCUGUCAGUGAGUGUGGCUUAAGAACAUCCCCAAACCGACAGCUUAUUCUGAAAGGUUGUGCAGUUAUGUUCAGGAUAUAUAGCAGGGAUGGGGAAACUGGUCCUCCAGAUGUUUUUGACUACACCCCCCAUCUUCCAUUACUUUUAGCCAUUGUGGGUGAGAUUGAUGGGACAUGGAGUCUAAUAGUAGCUGGAGGGCUACGUAUUUUUCACUCCUGCUAUGUAGCUACAAGAAUGUAUCAAAAAUUAUGGUUGUGUCUAUUGAGGAUCAGAAAUACAGAAAUGAAAUUAGAUGGGGAGCUUCAGAAGUCAAAAUUUCUUUUAAAAAACCUUGCUCUUUCAUAUAGAAGGGUCAUAAGACCUUUAUUUAGAUACAGGUAGCUGUUGCUUAACAGAUAUAUGAUAAGAAGUGUCCAAACUUUGCAAAAUAAGUAGCCAUAAUCAUAUAAUGAGUAGUCUAUGAUAUUCUCAGUUGACAUGGAGUAUUCUCAGUAAUUACCCCCAUCUGUCAUUUAGCUGAAUCUGUAGCUGUUACCUGCCCAAAAUGGACACACUAAUGUCUUUUAGCACAGGCUACAACUUUGUAAAGCACAAAAGACCAGAAAGAAAAACCAGUAUUUUAACAGCCACUUCCACCAAUGCAACGUAUUUAGAAUGUAUCCCACAGUUCCUGUUUUGCUUACUAGCUGAAUCCACAUGGUUGGGAUAUUAAAUAUAUCAGUGUCUUGGUCAUUUGGGCAUAAUCAGAUCACAUCAGGUUUUUACAUUUUGGCACAGCCACAUAAAUAUUUAUGGCUGGAAUCCUUUGCUCACUUACAUGGGGUUUUUCCAUUAAACUCAGUGGGACUUACUUCUGAGUAGAAUGUAUUGGGUUCUGUUGUAAGUUGUUGAAUUGUUUGCCGUAGAAAGGAAUUUCAGCCACAGCUAAGCACACUUAAUUGAAAUGGGCCUUUAAUCUUUCCAAUAGUGCAGCUCUUGAUAAUAGCACAAGCAACAUAUGCAAUCUACAUGCCAAUCCAGAAAAUGGAUUCUCUAUGUAGUAGCAAACUUCCCCACAUGGAUCCUUUUUUCAAAUCAAAAACCACAAGCAUAAAGUACACCCCGGGAUGCUCAUCCAAAUGCUGGUGACUAUACUGCCUUCACUCUGAUCCAGGUGUGCAUCUCCCAGCCACAUUGUGAUGCACAUAAUCAAAUGAUCAAGUGGUCAGGACCAGGUGUAAAGGCAUAGACUCAAGAUGCACUAUCAUUUCACAUCAUAAGCCCUUAUAUUUUGCCAUGAAAGAGGAUUGAAGCCAAAGCCUUUAAAGGUUAAAGCACCUCAGUUGCUUUUGCUAAAAGAUACAAAGGAUGAGCUCUUCAGAGUGCUGCUAAAACAACUAUUGUCUGAUAUAUCCCUGCUAUGAUUCUUGAGUUAAAUCUCCUCUCAGUUGUGCAAACCAACGGAGUGACCUUGGGCAAGUCAUAUUCAGCCUCAGAAGAUGGCAAAGGCAACCCCCUCCCCAAAUAAACAAAUCUUGCACACGCACACACAAAAACACCACACCUUGAGAUAGGAUUACCUUAGGUCACUGUAAGUUGGAAUCAACUUGAAAGCAUAUAACAGCAACAUGAUCAGUCUCGAUGACCACUUUUUGGCUUAUUUGUACCAUCAUAAAUCAAGCUCAAACUUAUCACCCCAUGUGGAGAUCUUGUUCCUUGUUUCAGUGUGUCUGUACAUCAGAAGUCACCCUGAUUCUUAAAAAUGUACUCUGAAACUGAAUACUGAAUAAAGUUGCAGCAAGUCAUCGUGACAUGUAAAAUCAUCAAUAUGUCUUGGAUCUUUGAGUAGGAGUGCUCAAAAUGGAUCCACUAUAAGGAACAAGUAGUAAUAUACUUUGUGAGUUCAUCUUGUAGUAUUGAAAUCAGAAUGGUUAGAAUUUUCCCUAAAUGACCAUCCUUUGAGUUUCAUUCAAAGGAUGUAGAUCAACCUGACCAGCAUUUCUAAAAUCAAUACAAAGUUAUCAAGCUGGGAUUUCCAUAGUUAAAAACUCAAGUAUUUCACCAACCAUGAAUAUUCCUUACUUUUAGCAGUUGACAAUCUGUAUUUUGCCUCUGUACUAUUUGAAAUACUGCAGACUCCUUCCUCCAGCAUCCGCAGGUGAAUCAACACUUUCAGGUUAGUCUAACACAGUGGUUCUCAACCUGGGGUCCCCAGAUGUUUCACAUAGUUCUCACAAAACUUCUAGGGUGGGUAGCAUAGCAGAGAGCCUGCCAAAUCAGUACUUGGGGGAAUUAUUUUUUAGACUAUAACACUGGUUGUGCUGGCUCAGGGAUUCUGGGGGUUGUAGUCCAAAAAAUAACUUCCCCAAGUUCUGUUCUGAGCAAGUUACUCUCACUACCACUGCCAUUGGUUAAAUUUUAAGGAGACAACUUUUUUAUCUGAUCAAAUAUUACUAGAUAUUCUUGCAACAGCCUUGUAUUUUAGGUUAAUGUGCCACCGGGUCCAACCAGCAGCUACAAAAAGUGGCUAGCAUAAAACUGGACCAUUUCCCCUCCUAAGUACUUCCUUCAGUCUUCACUCUGUUUGGGAUGGUUUAACUUCAGCUGCGAAGCUUCUUUUCCACCUCAGUUUUGGACCAAGCAUAGCAGGUCUAUGCAGAACACUCAAAGAGGCCUAUUUUCCCGGGAACAGCAAGCAUAAUAUUUCACCUGUACUUAUUUAAAUGUUGUGAACUCACUUCAGCCCCAGGCCUCAAAGAAAAGGAGGCUAGAAGAGAAAUAAAUAACCUGCCACAGAGAUCCUUUAAAACCCAGGGUGUUACUCAUUAGAAAUAUUGAAAUGUCCACUGACUUCACAGUGAGACGGGAAUAGGUAGAAAAAAGCAAUCUAAUUUGUCUGAAAAACUGGUGUGUCAUAAGGAGAAGAUAAAGAAAAUAGGAUAGAGCUUAACUGAGCAAGUCCUGCAGCACUUGAUCAGAUACCCUUAAUAGCUGAGCCCUGAAUCCCUCUCUACAAGGAUGUCUAUAGCUGCAGGGAAAGAAGCAGAACUUGGACCUGCUGGGUUUUCUGAACUGUUCUAACAUUGUGUAAUUAAAAACAUUGAAAGCACAUGUCUCUGCUGAAACUUUACUGUACUGGGGGCAGGGGGGGAGCACAAAUACUAGUGAGUGUGACUUGUCUCAUAUACAGUGUAACCAGUGUAACUACCGUAUGCACCCUGUGUCAGCAGGAGAAAUCUGUUGUAUGGGAGAAAAACUGUAACAACAACUCUUAGCAGCAAUUAAAAAGAGUUUCUUCUU